UGUGGCGCGGGCGGCGGUGGCGGGCAGAGGCACCGGGUGUCAGUGAGCUGCGAGCAGCCGGCGCCCGGGUGCCGUGUCCGUCAGCCUGUCCGCCCGCCUGCCCUUCGUGGUCUGCGGGUCCGCUCCACGCGCUGCCCUCGGAGCAUCUCCUGGCAGCGCACCUGCAACGCGCUGCUGACCGCCGCCCUCCCGGCACCCCAGGUCUGCGCGGGACCCCGGCCCGGCCCUGCCCCGCGUCCGCCCAGCGCCGUAGCGGGGCCCGGGCGCAGCGCUGCGGAGGUCAGGGCCGCCGGGGCCGGGCCGGGGCGGCGCGGCGAUGAUGAACAGGUUCCGAAAGUGGCUGUACAAACCCAAGAGGUCGGACCCGCAGCUGCUGGCUCAGUUCUACCAUGCCGACGAGGAGCUGAGCCAGGUGGCCGCCGAGCUGGACAGUCUGGACGGGCGGAAGGACCCCCAGCGCUGCACGCUGCUCGUCAGCCAGUUCCGCUCCUGCCAGGACAACGUGCUGAACAUCAUUAACCAGAUCAUGGACGUGUGCAUCCCCCAGGACCGGGCCCCACGGGACUUCUGCGUCAAGUUCCCCGAGGAGAUCCGGCACGACAACCUGGCUGGCCAGCUGUGGUUUGGCGCCGAGUGCCUGGCCGCCGGCUCCAUCAUCAUGAACCGCGAGCUCGAGAGCAUGGCCAUGCGGCCGCUGGCCAAGGAGCUGACCCGCAGCCUGGAGGACGUGCGGGGCGCCCUCCGCGACCAGGCGCUGCGCGACCUCAACACGUACACGGAGAAGAUGCGGGAGGCGCUGAGGCACUUCGACGUGCUGUUCGCGGAGUUCGAGCUGAGCUACGUGUCGGCCAUGGUGCCCGUGAAGUCCCCCCGGGAGUACUACGUGCAGCAGGAGGUCAUCGUGCUGUUCUGCGAGACCGUGGAGCGGGCCCUGGACUUCGGGUACCUAACCCAGGACAUGAUUGACGACUACGAGCCGGCCCUCAUGUUCACCAUCCCCAGGCUGGCCAUCGUGUGUGGCCUCGUGGUCUACGCAGACGGACCCCUGAACCUGGACCGCAAGGCGGAGGACAUGUCUGAGCUGUUCCGGCCUUUCCACACGUUGCUGCGGAAAAUAAGGGAUUUGCUGCAGACCCUGACCGAAGAGGAGCUUCACACGCUGGAACGGAACCUCUGUAUUUCCCAGGAGGUGGAGUUCCCCAUCCAGGCAGACGCCCAGGUGCCACCUGCCCUGGCACCCGCCUUUCCCGAACCCCUGGCCCCAGAGGAGCUGCUGGCGGACAAGCCCAAGAACUCAGAGGCGGAGCUGGCCUGCUCCAUGCAGUACGACGACCAGGAGCUGGAGCAGCUCAGCCGCCUGGUGCACAAAGCCGGCGACGAGAUGUCCUCACUCCUGUCCCCACCCAGUGCCACCCAGUCCCCUGCGCACAGGCUGGGCGCCAUGGGCAGUCCGGGGCCGGCGUCCCCAGGCAGCGCCCGGCUGCCGCAGGGCAGUGACGACGAGGAGGGCAGGGUGUUUUUCAUGGACGACGUGGGAGGGGCGGCCGAGGCCCGGGGCAGCCCGUCUGGGCGGGCGGGCAGUGCCAGCGCUGACCCCCAGGAGAGAGGGCCAGGCGGGGAGAGCAGGGAGCGGGGCGCCAGCACACCUGCUGCCGCAGGCAAGGGGGGCAGGAGCGACAACAACAACGUCGAGGGCGACGGGGCGCGGGCAGGGGGCCCCAACUCCUGCAGCUGCCUGGACUCCCGACCGCACCUCGACGGCUGGGAGGUGAGUUCGGACGCUGCCGAGACGGCUGAGCUGAUCGCCCACCGGACCGGGGGCAUGAAGCUCUCAGCCACGGUCAUCUUCAAUCCCAAGUCGCCUGCCUCCUUGGACUCCACCCUCGCCAACGCAGAGGUCCCCAGGGACGGCUUCUCCCCGUCGGAGCCGGCGGCAGAGGGGACGGACGGUGGCCCCCACAAACUGAGCGCCACGGCUGCCGACUGCCUCCUCAACUCCUGCGUGUGCUGCGGGGGCUGCGGGGGCGGCAGGGAGGACGCUGCGGAGAGUCUGCGGGGCAAGUGUGGCUCUGGCAGCGUCAUCAACUCCUCCCACGUUGGCUUGGCCAAGGCCAGUGCCAAGGGCGUGGCUCCCGGACUGCCAGAGGCGGGGCCCGCCCUGGAGGCCUUGCCCUCCGAAGACGCCCCUGGCCUGCAGGAGCCCAAAGCCCCUACUCCCAUCAAGUGCCUGGCACACACCUCAGGGCCCCCGGGGGAUGCCGCAGACGGGCUGCCCGGAGGGGGCGAUGGCGCCAGUCAGCCCGCGGAGGAGAGGCGGCCUGGAGGGGCGGCCGAGGAGCAGCCUCAGCACCUGCUGGUCCCCAGCAGCUCCACAGCCGAUUCCUGCCCCUCGGACAAGUCCGGGCCAGACGCAGCCCCCGUGGCCACAAGAGAGAAGAUCCGGUCCCGAUUCCACGGCAGCCACGACCUGAUCCACCGGCUGUUCGUCUGCAUUUCAGGGGUGGCCGACCAGCUGCAGACCAACUACGCCAGCGACCUGCGAAGUAUUCUCAAGACCCUUUUCCAGGUCAUGGCCACCAAGCCCGAAACAGACGACAAGGAGAAGUUGAAGAAGGUCACCCAGACCCUGCGCAGUGCAGCCUUGGAGGACUGCGCCCUGUGCCAGGAGACCCUGUCAUCCUCCGAACUCGCAACCAAGACCCGAGACGGGGGCUUGGAAGACCCGCCUGAGUGGGUCCCGGACGAGGCCUGUGGCUUCUGCACUGCGUGCAAAGCCCCCUUCACCGUCAUCCGCAGGAAGCAUCACUGCCGCAGCUGCGGGAAGAUCUUCUGCUCCCGCUGCUCCCCGCACUCGGCCCCGCUGCCCCGCUACGGGCAGGUGAAGCCGGUGCGAGUGUGCACGCACUGCUACAUGUUCCACGUCACGCCCUUCUACAGCGACAAGGCGGGCAUCUGACGCGGGGUGGGGCACGGCCACACCCGAGAGGGCCCCGGACUCCAGGAUGGAGGCGCCAAGGGCCCGUGCUCCUGCCUCCUCCAUCCAGGCCACAGGCUGCAGGGGGGUUUUCACUGCAUUUCAUCCAGCUGCUGCCACCACCGCUGCAGGGGCUGCAGGCCGCCCAGACUUCCAGAACGUCCAGUGCCUCUGCACCACCCCCACCCCCACCCCCGCCUCCUACCACCCGUGGGGACCCCAGGCCAGCCUCAGGAGCCAAUAGGCGGUCAGCUUCAUCCAGGAAGGGUCCCUGGGGUGCCCAGUGGCUGCCUGGGCUGGAGUGGGCUCUCCUCCUGCCUGUGCACCUGCCCCACCCCCCGCCCUGUUUAGAUGCUGCUUCCGGGCUCAGCGGGAGCAAAGGGUCCGCUCUUGAAGGAGGAAGUGGGGUUGGUGUCUGAACUCCGGUGGACACCUGCAGGAGAGGGGCCAGGCCCCAGUGCCCGCAGGGCUUCCCCGAGGGCUUGCCAAACCAGAAAGACCAGGCUGUCCGUUCCCUCCAGGGCCCUGAGCCCACAGCCCCCCCGCCCCCUCUCCCCACCUCUGCCCUCUCGGACCGGUCUCCCUUCUUGUCAGGGAGGGAGAAGGCAGAAGCAGACCUGGUGGGGACCCCGCUCUCGUCUGCCCGCUCCAGCCCCCCAGCUGCUGCGGGGGCUCUGGCGGCGGGGAGAGGCUCCCAGCUUCUUAGGCCAGGGCCCUGCGGGGGCUGAGAGUCACCGGAUGGUGCCCACCUGGCUGCCACUUCCCCCUUCCUUCUCUCUGCAGCCCCUGGGACCCCGGCCCACCUCCUCAGACCCUGGAGUGGCCCCGGGCCCCAGCACAGACACCUCCUCAGGCUUAAAUCUCAGGCUUCACAUUGCAAUGCCGAUUGCAGUUUUAUUUUUAGAGAGGUGACACACCUACUGCUUCUUUUAUAGGACAAAAUCCAAUUACUAUUUAACAGCGGACUACACAUGCACAAAAACAGCUUCUGUGGGAGAAGAAAAGUAUA